UCUUCGAACAUCACUGAGAUUUAAACACUUUCUACACAGCAAUAUUUUCUUCCAUUUCGGAGCUAGGGUUUCUCCGUAACAGAGAAACAUGGAAGAACCAAAGCGAAUUCCUCUGCGGAUCUUCGCGCUCCUCCUUUUGAUUUCUACCUCUGCGUUUCAGAUUCUCUACGCUUCCGAAGACGCCGAUGACGCGAUCUUCUACGAGUCGUUUGACGAGGCUUUUGAAGGCCGUUGGAUCGUGUCUCAGAAAGAUGACUAUACUGGUGUCUGGAAACAUGCCAAGAGUGAAGGGCAUGAUGAUUAUGGGCUUCUUGUCAGCGACAAAGCACGGAAAUAUGCUAUAGUAAAAGAACUUGAUGAGACUGUGAAACUCAAGGAUGAAACAGUUGUUCUUCAGUUUGAAACUCGGCUUCAGAACGGCCUUGAAUGUGGUGGUGCAUAUCUAAAAUAUCUCCGACCACAAGAGGCUGGAUGGAAACCCAAGGAAUUUGAUAAUGAAUCUCCAUAUUCUAUCAUGUUUGGUCCUGACAAGUGCGGUGCCACUAACAAAGUACACUUCAUUUUCAAACACAAGAAUCCCAAGAGUGGGGAAUAUGUUGAACACCAUUUGAAGCAUCCCCCAUCUGUCCCAUCUGACAAAUUAUCUCAUGUGUACACGGCCAUUUUGAAGUCUGACAAUGAAUUGCAAAUUUUGAUUGAUGGGGAACAGAAGAAGAAAGCAAACUUCUUAUCUGCUGAUGAUUUUGAACCUCCUCUUAUCCCUCCCAAGACAAUCCCAGAUCCUGAUGAUAAGAAACCAGAGGACUGGGAUGAGAGAGAGAAAAUUCCAGACCCAAAUGCCGUAAAGCCAGAUGACUGGGAUGAGGAUGCACCCUUGGAAAUUCUCGAUGAGGAAGCGGAGAAACCUGAAGGAUGGUUAGAUGAUGAACCGGAGGAGAUAGAUGAUCCAGAGGCAACAAAACCAGAAGAUUGGGACGAUGAGGAGGAUGGUGAAUGGGAAGCCCCAAAGAUUGAUAACCCAAAAUGUGAAGCAGCCCCUGGUUGUGGUGAGUGGAAGAGGCCAAUGAAGAGGAAUCCAGCUUAUAAAGGAAAAUGGCAUGCUCCACUUAUUGAAAAUCCUGCUUAUAAGGGUAUAUGGAAGCCUCGGGAUAUUCCAAACCCUGAAUACUUUGAACUUAAAAAACCUGAUUUCGAGCCUAUCGCUGCUAUUGGUAUCGAGAUUUGGACCAUGCAAGAUGGCAUAUUGUUCGACAAUAUCUUGAUAGCUAAUGAUGAUAAAAUUGCUGCAUCCUAUCGGGAGACUACAUGGAAGCCCAAGUUUACCGUUGAAAAAGAAAAACAGAAGGAAGAAGAAUUGGAAACUGGAUCAAGUGGUCUAGCUGGCUUCCAGAAGAAGAUAUUUGACCUGUUGUACAAGGCCGCAGACAUUCCCUUGCUGAGUGACUACAAACUUAAAAUAUAUGAUGUCAUUGAGAAGCUUGAAAAGCAACCAAAUCUCACUGUUGGAAUUCUUGUAGCCUUUGUGGUUGUGGUGGUAUCGAUCUUCUUCAGGAUCAUAUUUGGUGGGAAGAAGAAGCCCACAAGGGUGGAGAGGACAAACGUAGAACCUGCAGAAACUUCCACUAGCCAAGGCAGUGCUGAGAAUGAGGAAAACAAAGAGGACGAAUCAGCAGCUGCUCCUCCACGUCGGAGGUCAACAAGGCGAGAUAAUUGAAGGGAUUGAAACUUGAAAGGGGCGGCCAUUGAAGAACACUACCGCACAUAAAUUUUGAGCAUAGUUGGACAUUAGGCCAAUUUCGUAGUAGCACUUUGUUACCAUUUUUCUCCUUCGCCUUUUGAAAGAUGAUAUGUAUAAGGAGUGUAAAUCAGAUAUUUUGUCUUGUGUUGUGUUGUGUUGGUCACUUUGGAGACUUGAGUAUUUUAAGCUAAUUGAGGCUGUACAAUUAUUUUUCUAGUAAUGUAGCACAGAAAUCAAUUCACAUGUUACAUUUUCAAUCCAUCGUUUUUCUAGAAUA